GUGCCUGAUUGGGAGACGAGGGGAGACUCCUCAGGAGCCCGGUGCAUCAAUGAGCUGCUGCAAGAAGGCUGAGCUCGGCUCACUCGGGCAUGAGGACUGUUGGUGGCCGCUGUCUGGCAAAGCAGGACGGAGAUGGACAGAACCCUGGAGUCUUUGCAGCUGGUGAUUGCCCAAGUCCUGCCUCACAGAGACCCUACCCUGGUGUUUAAGGACUUGAAUGUUGUAGCAAUAUUGCAAGAGUUCUGGGAAAGCAAACAGAAGUCAGCCGUACUUCCAAGUGAAGGCAUCAUUGUGUAUGAGUCACUGAGCAGCCUGGGCCCGCCAUUUGUGAGUUAUGUUACCUUGCCUGGAGGAAGUUGCUUUGGUAACUUUCAGAGCUGCUUAAGCAGAGCAGAGGCAAGGCGAGAUGCUGCAAAAGUGGCUCUGAUCAACUCUCUCUUCAAUGAAUUGCCCUGCCGCAGAAUCACGAAGGAAUUCAUCAUGGAAAGUAUUCAGGAGGCUGUUUCUUCAACAAGUGGUAACCUGAAGGAUGCUGAUGACCCCAGCACUAGUAUUGGAGCUUAUCAUUACAUGCUGGAGUCAAACAUUGGAAAGACAAUGCUGGAAUUUCAGGAGCUGAUGAUUGUCUUUCAGCUUCUGCAUUGGAAUGGAAGCCUUAAAGCCCUACGGAAAACAAAGUGCUCCCGGCAGGAAGUAAUUUCCUACUACUCCCAGUGUUCCUUAGAUGAAAAGAUGAGAAGUCACAUGGCCCUGGACUGGAUUACGAAGGAGAAAGAAUCUCCAGGAAUUAUUUCCCAAGAGCUGCAAGUGGCACUGAGGGAACUGGAAGAAGUCAGGAAAGCUGGGCAUGAACUGAGGUUCUACAAAGAAAAGAAAGAAAUACUGAGCUUAGCACUGAGUCAGAUCUACAGUGAUCAAGUUACCACUUCCUCAUGGGAAGAUCAAAUGAGCUUGGCCCUACAUGGCUACCGCUAA